AUGGCCGCCCCACAAAUGCCCAGUUUCCAAUCCACAAGGUUGGCCAAGGUCCCGAACAUGCAGAGAGUUGCGGCAGGCCCAAUGGCAAGAAUGCUCCCAACCUUGGUUGUAGUCGGAAGUGUCGGUAUGGUUGCCACAUAUAUCGCGUCGCAAUUGUCAGAAAGCAAAAGCAACUACGACAGAAUCUUUGCUCAACAAAACACACCCGAAGUCGAGGCUGCAAGAAAAAGGCAACUGCAAGUUGAAACCAUGGGUGACCCCCGCAAAACUCUCUUCAACGUUCUGGGUUGGUAA